UUAUUCCAUAGAGUGAGACAAUCCGGAAAAACAACACUGAGAAAUGUGACAGUGUGGAAACGGAACCACCAAUUAUUCAACGCUUGCACAAACGAAAGGAAUUGCAUUGGCAUCGCAUGAACAGGAGGACACUGUGUCUGCGUCUGGUGAACCAGCAGUACACAUAUUAAUGCAAACUGGUUAAGAUGUCAUUAUGGUUGCCACUGCUGUCUAUGGCCUCACUGGGGCGAGGUGUGGACUGCCCGCAGUUUUGCUUUGCCUGGCAGCUCUCCUUUGUGCAAAUCUGCUGCUGUAUUUCUACCUAGAUGCCCUGUAUCAGGACACUGACCCUCUCUCAACACACACGCAGUGCCCACUUCGCCACUUUAAAGUGGGCACAAUGACCGUCUGUACUCCUUGGCUACGGUGCCCGGAAAUUCGCGCUGAGGUCCGCCGUGUGAAGCUCAUCGGACAAGGGGCUGUAAAGAAGGUUUAUCUGUCGGAGUGGCGAGGGCAGAAGGUGGCGCUCUCUGUCUUGUCAUCAGAGCAGUAUACAGAUGAUUUCCUUCACGGACUGUCAAUGCUACGUGCCUUGCAGAGCACCCACGUCGUGACGCUUGUAGGGGCGUGUGAGGAGGAUGGUGUGUUUGUCACGGAGUACCACCCUCUUGGAUCAGCGCUAAUGCUCGAUGCCACCCUUUCACAAGACCGAUAUCACUGGCGAAACUCUUGGCAUACUCGACUACAGCUGGCAAUAGACUAUGUUGCCUUCCUGGCAUACCUGCACAGCAGUCCAGUGGGCAUCCGAGUCAUGUGUGACUCCAACGACCUGCACAAAACUCUCAGCCAGUUUCUUCUCGCAUCAGAUAUGCAUCUUUUGGCCAACGACCUGGAUGCGUUGCCUGAGGUAGAGAGGGGAAGCCAAGGGGUGAAAUGCGGUCACCAUGAGCUCAACGGGGACUUUGUUGCCCCUGAGCAAUUGUGGCCUUAUGGCGAGGAUGUUCAAUUCUCAGAUGAAGCCAUGCCUGGUUACGAUGAAAAGACGGACAUCUGGAAGAUUCCAGAAGUGACACGUUUCCUUUUGGGGAAUGUCCUGGGAAGUGAUGUCAUUCAUUUCCACUUGUUUCAGAUCUACACAGAAUGCAAGAGGAAGGAGCCUCACAUGCGGCCCACGGCACUCGAGAUCCUCAGUGUGUAUCGCUCAGUAUUCGACAGCAUGAUAGAGAGUCAAUCGCAGAGAGUUAGAGAUAUGUUGUAGAGUUAUGGUCAUUAAAGGGAGUGUUAAACCCCAAAUUAUUUCAUUAAUCAAAACCUGAAUGACUUUGUUUCUUCUGUGGAACGCCAAAGAAGAUAUUUUGAGAAAUUAUCCAUAUAGUGGAAGUCAAUGGUCACCAAAAUGGUUUGGUUACCAACAUUCUUCUAAAUAUUAUAUUUUGUGUUCCACAGAAGAAAGACAGUCAUAAUUUAUUUGGGUAAAUAAAUGAUCCCUUU